AUGCGUACCUCUACUCUUGCUUCCAUCGCCUUGAGCGCGGCAACUGCUUCGGCAAGCCUUACUUCCAUCACAGUCAAGGGAAAUGCUUUCUUUGCCGGUAGUGACAGAUUCUACAUCCGUGGUGUCGACUACCAACCUGGCGGUUCCUCCGACGUGGCUGAUCCUAUCGCCGACGAAUCUGGCUGCACAAGAGAUAUCGUUGAAUUCAAGAAGCUGGGUAUCAACACUGUUCGUGUCUACACUGUGGACAACACGGCAAACCAUGACGCGUGCAUGAACGCUUUGGCAGAUGCUGGCAUCUACCUAGUGUUGGACGUGAACACACCCAAAUACUCCUUGAACCGAGCCGACCCCAACCCUUCCUACAACGCCGUCUACCUUCAGAGUCUCUUCGCCACGGUCGACUCUUUCGCCAACUACACCAACACGUUGGCCUUCUUCUCCGGCAACGAAGUCAUCAACGACCCUGCCUCGUCCGCCGCCGCUCCAUACGUCAAGGCUGUCACACGUGACCUCCGACAAUACAUCCGUGAACAGGGAUUUCGAAGCAUUCCUGUUGGUUACUCGGCCGCCGAUGUGAGCGAGAACCGUUUGGAGAUGGCCGAAUACAUGAACUGUGGUACCGACGACGAACGAUCCGAUUUCUUUGCCUUCAACGAUUACUCCUGGUGCGAUCCAUCCUCUUUCACCACGUCUGGCUGGGAUCAAAAGGUUAAGAACUUCACUGGCUAUGGCAUUCCGCUUUUCCUUUCCGAGUACGGCUGCAACACAAACACUCGUACCUUCGAAGAGGUCCAAGCUCUGUACAACACCGAAAUGACUAGCGUAUACUCGGGUGGUCUGGUCUAUGAGUAUUCUCAAGAAGCUUCCGACUACGGUCUGGUCGAAAUCAAUGGAGACAGUGUCACCGAACUAGCAGACUUUACGGCCCUGGAGUCUCAGUUCUCCAAUACCUCAAACCCAACUGGCGACGGUGGUUACAACUCGACUGGUGGUGCUUCUGGCUGCCCCGCCUAUUCCUCACCCAACUGGCUCGUCGCAAACGAUUCUCUCCCCGCCAUUCCUGACGGAGCCGUCAAGUACAUGACCGAAGGCGCUGGUACCGGUCCUGGUCUCACUGGUGAUGGCUCUCAGAACGCUGGUGGUGCUUCUACUGGUACUGCCACUGCUGGUAGUGGCUCAGCUACUGCGACUGCUUCUGGUAGCUCUAGCACCAGCACUUCCAAGAGCGGCGCUACGGCUAUGAAUGCUCCAGAAUGGUCACUCGCUCCUAUGAUUUGCGGUGCUGUGGUGGUCAUGUCGACAUUCUUUGGCGCAACUUUGUUGUAA